AUGGUUGUUGCUAUUGUUAUUGAACUGCCAACUGAUCUGUUCAAAUCACCGGCCGAAGCAUUCGAUAACUAUUUAGAGAAAUUAGAAAAGGGUGGUGCAAAGAAAACUCGCCCAUUCGAAGUGGAAUUGACUACCUACAAUCCAAUCAUUCCGAAUUCAAAAGUCGUCCAUGUUCUAACUCAUUCAGAAUAUCCGGCUUCAUCGUUUGCCUACAUUGACCAUUCGAACACUCAAAUGCUUGUCGCUGACAAUACGUUUAUCGCUUUAAUGGACAAAUUAAAAGCCUUGCGCGUGUUUGAUGUUCGCUUGUCGAAAACGAGGGUACGCGGCACACGAUUAGAAUAUCAAGAUUUUGUCAUCAAUCUCGGCACUGUCUCCCAAACGGAAACAACCAAAGGUUUAGUUCUCGAAGUCGCGUUUGUUGCAAUGGAUGAAACUCGUGAUGGUUACUGUUUGAUUCAGGAAUUUCUUCAGUCCUUUCUAAACACGACCAAACAAAAGAUACAGAGGCUGAUCACUGAGCAAUUGAGUAUUUGGCUUCGAUCGUUGAAGGAUAGAAAGGACAACGAAUACAAUCCCUCGGUGACAUUAUUACAAUAUCUAGACAUUCUUGGCAUGAGAAAACAAUCGAACGGAUGA